AUGGCCGAACACCCGUCCAUCACUCUCUCUGCUCUCCUCUCCGCCGGCGGCGUUGCCGGAUACCUGAAGACACGCUCAAGGCCCUCCCUGAUCGCUGGUCUUGGUCUGGGUGUUUCCUAUGCUUUCUCUGGCUACCUCCUGAAGCAAAACAAGGACUACGGCGCUGAGCUCGCCCUGGCCAACAGCGUGGUUCUGCUGGGCGCUGGAGCAUCAAGGACAAUCAAGACCAAGGCGAAGGCCCCUGUUCCAAUCGGCCUUGCUACUGCUGGUCUCUUGGCGUCGCUAUACUAUGCGAAGAAGGUCAAGGAGUUCCGGUAUGGUGUGUAG